AUGUUGUUAGAGCCCCUGAUAACCUAUCUUGUUCGGUGGAGGAACAGGCUACGCGCAUCUACGCCUUCAAGUAGCGUCAACUCAUCGAACGUGGACUCAGUGGCCAAGCCCGACAACGGCCAACUCUUUCUGCAUCAGUUCUUCGGUUCACGUUUAGUUUCACGUCUCAGCCUCCUCCAAUUGGUCGAUACUUGUCUACUAAAAUGUUAUCUGGUGACCAAUAUUGCCCGCGUUGGUCCACUUCUGCGUCAGGAAAACUAUUGCCACCUCGAAGAAGCCGAACGUGUCCUCACCCUCAACCAGCGCUACACGGACCUGGUCACCAUGUAUCGAACGCGCGGCUUCCACCAACAGGCACUACGGGUCCUCACAAACAUUGCUUUGGGCACCGCCGAGACGGAGAAAACGAGGCCGUCUGAUGAUGUACAGUCACCAGAUUUGAUUGUUGCCUACCUCAAGGACCUCGAUCCUGCCAACUUCGAACUAGUGGCCCAGUUUGGUGACUGGAUCAUGAAUAAGCACCCGAGAGCCUGGAUGAGCAUAUUUGUAGCCUGGGAACGUGAACUUCGAAGGAAGCUGCUCUCGGCCGCUCCA